UUGCAUGUUGUCAUAAAUAUGUUGCAUGUCUACAUAAUUAUGUUGUAUGUUAACAUAAUUUAUCUUGCAUGUAGGGGGCAGAAAUAUGCCACCAUAUUCUCCAGAAUACGUAAAGAACAUAAAUGCAUAUACUUAAUCAGACUUUUAUGUUUCCGAGAAUUUUAUAAUUCAAUGAUAUAAACCAUUGUAAGUAUUUACUUCCCUCUGGUUUUGAAUGAAGAGCAUAAUUAUGUUUCUGAUUACAUUUAAGUUAAUUAGAAAAAGUAUUAGUGCAAGUUUAAGCAUUAAGGAAGUAAAGUAUAUGUAUAUAUAUAUAUAAGAUUCAACAAUCCCUGUUUUAAUACAAACACUUCUGUCAAGCAUUGCAGUAAUCUACAUCUUCUACAAGCUUUAAGUGGAAAGUAGGGUGAAAAUAGGGGACGCUAACUGGAUCUCACUUUAUCUCUGUCAUAUCGUAACAUAUCAAGCUACAAAAGAGAAAUCGGGAAGCAAAAUGACCAUAAAGGUAUUUUUCAUCUAUGUUCCUGUAUUUCUUCACCUACUGAAAACCAUAUCAGCGAUUACUACCUCCUGUGGUCUUGGAUUGUGUUUGUGUGAUCAUAAAGCUCAUUCAGCUAUAUGCAGACCCGCAAAAAAGAAGCAACCAUUACAGUUUCUUCCUAGACUUCCACGCAACACAUCAGAUGUAACAAUUCGGUAUUUCACUCGUCAAAAUUUAUCAGCAUCAGAUCUCAUAAAUAUAACAAGUCUCCCAUUAAAAACUUUAAGGCUUGAACACUUGAAUUUGGAAUACUUGGAGUCAGGACUUUUCCAAUAUUUUGAAAAACUCACUACAUUAGAAAUAUCUCACAAUAAAAAACUUUCAUCCCAGAUUCUACGAGAUUCUUUCCGAAAUAUGACGUCAUCCCUACAGGUUCUUCUUUUGACUUCUAAUAAUUGGAAGAAACUCGUACCUGAUACUUUUAGGUAUGUUUCACAUACGAGCCUGAGAACAUUAGUUUUGGCGCGAAAUCAGUUGUUGAACUUCACUACCGAAGUGCUUCGAGACCUCAAUUUAACAGCUUUAGAUUUAUCAUUUUCUUAUUUUAAAGAUUUAAUUGUUUGCCAGGGUGACAUAGGAGGGAUUCCAAACUUGAAACGCCUACAGCUUCAAUCAACAAAGCUGAGGAAUAUUCCAAAUUGUACAUUAGAAUGUCUUCCAGACCUUCGAAUACUGAAUCUACAAAACACGAAACUUGGAAAAUUUCCCAAGUUGUGUUUUGAUACUCGAAAAGUCACCAACAGACUGGAGGAAUUAAAUCUUAUAAACAUUGGUAUAAUAGGAAAUAUACCAGAGGAACGUUUCCAAUGCCUUAAGAGCCUUAAAAAGUUAAACCUUAACAAUAAUAAAAUUACUAGUAUUCCGAGGUUUUGCAAUCCAGAGGGAAAAAGCAACGUUCCAGGUCUAGAAGAUUUUCGACUUCAGUAUUCUCUUCUAUCAAGACUAAGUAAUAACUCGUUUAGUUGCCUUCCUGCUCUUCGCAUAUUAGAUCUCAGGAAUAAUAUUAUGAAAGAUAUUCCAAAUUUUUGUAGUGAAAAACACCAAAGUUUUACCCCAAAUCUAACGACCCUUUAUCUCUCAAAUACAAGCAUAAUAACAUUGAAAGGUUAUCAAUUUCAAUGCCUCCCACGACUAAGAAAAUUAGACCUCCGUUUUAACUACUUUUCAGAAAUGCCAGUGUUUUGUAAUACAUCAAGGCAAAGUUUACACCCAAAUCUGAGAGAGUUGUAUUUGUCAAAUACAAAAUUGAAAUAUUUAUUUAAAAAAAACUUUCUUUGUCUGCAGUCUCUUCAAACCCUGGAUCUGAGCCAUACCGAAUUAUAUCAACUUUCCAAUAACAUAUUUAGUCCUCUUAAAUCUCUUAAGAAGUUAAAAAUAGGGUAUGUGAAAAGUCUUAAAAUAAUUUUUAAAUAUGCAUUUAACAUAUCCAGCUUACUUACGAUGAAGUUUAUCUAUAAUGAUUUUGACUUCGAGGGUAAUAAAAAAUAUUACCCUGAACACAUGUUUAAAUGGUGCCCGAAUGUGACGACGCUAUACCUCAAUGGAAAUCAUUGUCCAACAGGGUCGCUAGGAAACGUGCUACUAAAACCCUUACAUAAAUUAGCAGCUCUAUUCCUGGAAGAGAAUAGAAUGGACACCAUUCACGAAGACACUUUCAGAUCGAUGAAGUCUUUGAAAAGAAUUUCUUUAAAGCAGAAUAAACUUAUCGGAUGGAAAGACACUGUUUUUGAAAACCUCACAAAAUUGAUUCAUUUGGAUCUAGCAUUAAAUCGGAUUGCAGUGUUUAACCAAACGUCAAUUCCUCCGUAUAUCAUUAAUAAUUUAGAGACGUUCAGUCUCGCAUUCAAUCCUUUUGACUGUGGAUGCGACAUGAUUUGGUUUAGAAAUUGGUUACAGAAAACAAAUGUAACCCUUCUGAAUUUCCCAGAGAAAUACACAUGUCAAACGCCCGGAAACAUGCUUCGUAAAUCGAUAUUAUCACUUACCCUUACAGAAGAAGAUUGUAAAGAGAAAAAUCCUUGGCUAAUUCCACUUAUAUCUAUGUCAGUAUGUGCUUUUGUGUUGGUGUCAAGUUCCAUUAUUAUUGCCGUGCAGUUGCCAAGUAUUAGAAACCUAGUUUAUUAUUAUCGUUUAAAACGGAUGGGAUAUGUUAAACUUCUGAAUGAACAGGAAUUCAAGUAUGAUGCUUAUGUCGUAUACUGUGAUGCAGAUGAGAGCUGGGUUUUCCAAAAACUGGUUCCAAAACUUGAAUCUGAGGAACUUCGAUUGUGUCUUCCUGAUAGAGAAUUCGAAGUUGGGGCUGAUAAAUGUGGCCAAAUAGAGGAAGCAUUUAAAAACAGUAAGAAAGUCCUGGUGGUUUUGUCAAAUGAGUUUGCAAAAAGUGAAUGGUGCCUUUGGCAGACUAAUCUAGUUGAGGAAAGACUAAGACAAAAAGGCGAGACAUCAGUCGUGUUUUUGCUUUAUAAAAGCAUCAAUAGUAACAAUAUGAUUUCUUCGCUUCACCGAACCUUUAAAAAGAGAUCUGUUGUAACUUGGUACGAAGGUGGUACCCGUGAAGCAGUAUUCUGGAAGGUUGUGGUGCUGGCGUUAGAGACACCACUAGGAGAACCACCGGUAUCGGUUGUAAAUGGUUAAAAAAAAAACAAAAAGUGCAGCUACUACUUCAUAUAA